GCGCUCCCGUCGCCGUGUCUAGCAGCGGGGCCCAGCAUGGUCAUGGCGGAUGGCCCGAGGCACUUGCAGCGCGGGCCGGUCCGGGUGGGGUUCUACGACAUCGAGGGCACGCUGGGCAAGGGCAACUUCGCCGUGGUGAAGCUGGGGCGGCACCGGAUCACGAAGACGGAGGUGGCAAUAAAAAUAAUAGAUAAAUCCCAGCUGGAUGCAGUGAACCUUGAAAAAAUCUACCGAGAAGUACAAAUAAUGAAAUUGUUAGACCACCCUCACAUAAUCAAGCUUUACCAGGUAAUGGAGACCAAAAGUAUGUUGUACCUUGUGACUGAAUAUGCCAAAAAUGGAGAAAUUUUUGAUUAUCUUGCUAAUCAUGGCCGAUUAAAUGAGUCUGAAGCCAGGCGAAAAUUCUGGCAGAUCCUGUCUGCUGUUGAUUAUUGUCAUGGUCGAAAGAUUGUGCACCGUGACCUCAAGGCCGAAAAUCUCCUGCUGGACAACAACAUGAACAUCAAAAUAGCAGAUUUCGGUUUUGGAAAUUUCUUUAAAAGUGGUGAACUGCUGGCAACAUGGUGUGGCAGCCCCCCUUAUGCAGCCCCAGAAGUCUUUGAAGGGCAACAGUAUGAAGGACCACAGCUGGAUAUUUGGAGCAUGGGAGUAGUUCUUUACGUCCUUGUCUGUGGAGCCCUGCCUUUCGAUGGACCCACUCUUCCAAUUCUGAGGCAGAGGGUCUUAGAAGGAAGAUUCCGGAUUCCAUAUUUCAUGUCAGAAGAUUGUGAGCACCUAAUUCGAAGGAUGUUGGUCCUUGACCCAUCCAAGCGACUAACCAUAGCUCAAAUCAAGGAGCAUAAAUGGAUGCUCAUAGAAGUUCCCGUACAAAGACCUGUCCUUUAUCCGCAAGAGCAAGAAAAUGAACCUUCCAUCGGGGAGUUUAAUGAACAGGUUUUACGAUUGAUGCACAGCCUUGGGAUAGAUCAGCAGAAAACCAUUGAGUCUUUGCAGAACAAGAGCUACAACCACUUUGCUGCCAUUUAUUUCUUGUUGGUGGAGCGCCUGAAGUCGCACAGGAGCAGUUUUCCUGUGGAGCAGAGACUUGAUGGCCGCCAGCGUCGGCCUAGCACCAUUGCUGAACAAACAGUUGCCAAGGCACAAACUGUGGGUAUCCCGGUGACCGUGCAUUCACCAAACAUGAGGCUGAUGCGCUCUACCCUGCUGCCACAGGCAGCCAACGUGGAGGCAUACUCAUUUCCUGCAUCCAGCUGCCAGGCGGAAGCCGCGUUUAUGGAAGAGGAGUGUGUCGACACUCCAAAGGUGAAUGGCUGUCUGCUCGACCCAGUGCCUCCUGUCCUGGUGCGGAAGGGCUGCCAGUCACUGCCCAGUAAUGUGAUGGAGACCUCCAUUGACGAAGGGCUGGAGACGGAAGGCGAGGCGGAGGAAGACCCCAGUCACGCCUUUGAAGCGUUUCAGUCCACACGCAGCGGGCAGAGACGGCACACACUGUCCGAAGUGACCAAUCAGCUCAUGGUGCUGCCUGGGACAGGGAAGAUCUUCUCCCUGAGUGACAACCCCUCCCUGGACAGCGUGGACUCGGAGUAUGACAUGGGGUCAGUUCAGAGGGAUCUGAACUUUCUGGAGGACAACCCUUCCCUGAAGGACGUCAUGUUAGCCAAUCAGCCCUCACCACGCAUGCCAGCUCCCUUCAUAAGCCUGCGGCCCACCAAUCCAGCCAUGCAGGCCCUGAGCACCCAGAAGCGAGAGGCCCACAACAGGUCGCCAGUGAGCUUCAGGGAAGGCCGCCGGGCGUCGGACACCUCCCUCACCCAAGGAAUUGUAGCAUUUAGACAACAUCUCCAAAAUUUGGCUAGAACCAAAGGAAUUCUAGAGCUGAACAAAGUACAGUUGCUGUAUGAACACAUGGGACCCGAGGCAGACCCAGGCUUGGCAUCGGCCGCCCCGCAGUUGCAGGACCUUGCCAGCAGCUGCCCUCAGGAGGAGGGUCCUCAGCAGCAGGACAGCGCGCCCCCUCUCCCUCCUAGUGUGCACCAACUUCCCCAGCGGCAGAGCCUGGAGACCCCGUACCUGCCACACAGGCUCCAGAAGCCCAGCCUCCUGUCGAAGGCUCAGAACACCUGUCCGCUUUAUUGUAAAGAACCGCCGCGGAGCCUGGAGCAGCAGCUGCAGGAACACAGGCUCCAGCAGAAACGGCUCUUCCUCCAGAAGCAGUCUCAGCUGCAGGCGUACUUUAAUCAGAUGCAGAUAGCAGAGAGCUCCUACCCACCGCCAAGCCAGCAGCUGCCCCUGCCCCACCAGGAGACUCCACCACCGUCCCAGCAGCCCCCGCCCUUCAGCCUGACCCAGCCCCUGAGCUCUGUCUUGGAGCCUUCUUCUGAGCAAAUGCAAUACAGCCCUUUUCUCAGCCAGUACCAGGAGAUGCAGCUGCAGCCCUUGCCCUCCACGCCACAGCCACCACCUCCCCCGCCGCCGCCCCCGCCACAACAGCCAGGAGCUGCUCCAGCGCCCUUACAGUUCUCCUAUCAGACUUGCGAGCUGCCCAGUGCCACUGCCCCUGUCCCAGACUACCCCGCUGCCUGUCAGUAUCCCAUGGACGGGGCUCAGCAGAGCAGCCUCCCGGGGCCAGAUCGUCCCAGGAGCUCCGGACUGCCAGAGAACCCUUCCAGCUACGACUCCCUCGCCCUGUCUGAGUUACCGGGACUCUUUGAUUGUGAAAUGCUGGACGCUGUGGAUCCACAACACAAUGGAAUGGCUUGUCCUGUCAGCAGAUGAAUGCGUUAAGCACAAAGCAUCUUCCUUAAAGCACAAAGAAGAGAUACUCCACUGAUGCUGCAUCUAGAAAACACCUUUAAGUUGCCUUUCCUCUUUGUAGUAAGUGUCCAGACAGGUGAGGGAAGCCCGGCAAGUCUGAGGAGUCCUCUGGCCCCUGGUCCCUCCUCCACUAGCGUUGGUGACGUGAGCAGUCCUUGUUGCCAACCGGACACUGCCUCGUGGUCACACACCAAUGCCAAGAUGCUUCACAGAGGCGCUGUGCGUGGCCCGGACUUGGGAGGUCGGCAGGAGAAGGUAGCGUGGUGGGGCGGAUACUUUGUGGUUUAAUAACGGGCAGUGAAAGAAGGCUGAAUUAUGUUCCUUCUAUGGGUUGUUUAUUCCUCCUCCUGCUUAAGAUAGAUGGUUUCAUGAAAUAGAGAACUUCAUUUAAUUUAAGAGAUCAUUUCAUUAAGAUCUCUAAACUGCUUUAAGUCUUUGCAAAAUAAGCCCGUUAUACAACAGGGCUUGAUUUGUUUAGACUGAAGGAGAAUGUUUUCCCAAAAUAUACUACAGAAGUGCUGUAAUAUUUGCAAAAUUCAAAUGCCUUCCAGAUUGAAAAUGGGACCACUCAUUUCAGAACUGAGGAGUGGCACUGUUACAUGGGCAUGAGUGCUGGUUCCAGCAAGGUGGUGAGCUCCUUACCCCAGGAGCUCAGGCAGGGCCGUCAGGCCGAAAGAUGAGCACGCAUUGGGAGGCUGAAGCACCCACAGAGCAAUCAGAACGCUCCUGCAGUGGCCAGGCCUACUGGGCACCAGCAGAGUGGGGCCUGCAGGGCACCCCGGGCCUGGGUCUGAGUGCCUGUUUGCUUAUCUCAUUUAUUUCAAGCAGAACUUGGGAAAUCCCUUAGCCACCUCUAUUAACCAAAAUGUUCGCAGCAGGGAGGAAAUUGCUCCUGUCAGACAGGUGUUUGCUCAGCCCUGUGUCGUCAUUUGUCACUACGCCCUGACCGGUGACCAGCGGAAGCCUGCGAGCAGUCUGCCCCUCGUCAGUCCCCGGCAACACUAAGGCAGCUCACGCCGCUCUUCUUACCUGAAAUCCGGACUUGUUUUCCAGUCUGUUUCGCAUUAGCGGUGUGUACACUACUGUAUCAUAGUCAUUCGCUUUGUUAUCUUGUAAACCAGGCUCCUCUGAAGAGACUUUGGUGAGAUAUAUGCGAGGUAAAAAUUUCA